AUGUUCGGGCUCUGGAGAACCUCCAACAGCGUGCUUCUCGACCUCACUCUGGCCGUCGGCCUCGGAGGGCUGGUGGGGAGCAGGCUUGUCCUCUGGCACCUCGGCUUCCGCGUCAGGAAGGGCCCCCUCUCCGUCUACGUCCUCCGCCCGGCCGCCGCGGACAGCCUGUUCCUCUGCUGCCAGCUGGGCUUCUCCACCGUCCAGGCCGCCCUGGGCUCCCGGGACAACCUGUCCUUCGCGGGCUUCUCCGUGGGGCUGGGGCUGCUGCUGGGCAGCUGCCUGUCCCACGUCUUCCCCACCUGCUGCCCCGGCUGCCGGCCCAGACACACCUCGGGCAUCGUCUGCGGCCUCGUCUGGGCCCUGAGCCCGCCGGCCAUGCUGCGGCCCGCCAACGCCUGCGGCCCGCUGCGGCCCGCACCAGACCCCUGACCUGCGCGCGCGGCCAGCGUCGUGUGGCUGCUGUCCCCGGCCUGCGCGGCCUGCGCGGGGAGCCCGGCGCCCUUCCUCUGGGUGAACCGCCGCUCCCAGCGCCCGCGGCCCAAGCUGUGGGGCAUCGCUCCGGGCUCCGAGCUCCUGCUUCUCUUUUGCGGCCUCCCGCUGGUCUUCUGGAGCCUGUGGCCCCUCCUCAACCUCCUGCGGCCCCUGUUCGGCCCGCUGGCCACCCUCCGCGACGCCAAGCCCUUCAUCUGCUUCACCGCAGGCCAGCAGCCGGGCAAACGCCAGCCGCUGUGGGUGGUUCUGCAGAGGUCCCUGGGGGAGGAGGCCGCGCGGGGGGCCAGGGGCCAGUCUCUGCCCAUGGGCCUCAAUAUAGGGGCUGCCCCGGCCCCGGCCAGACCCUUCCCGGGUGACCACCCCCCCACACCCACACCCCAGCUCCCCGGUCGGGGACCCGAGGGCUGA